UCAAAGCAGCCGUGAUAGCGGCUCUUAGUUUUGCUUACUAAGUAAAACAGGUCUGCAACCAUAGCGACUUGACACGACCGAGAAGGGGCGAGAGGAGACGCUGGCCCUGCUGCACGGUUGCGGGUCCGGGAUUGGGUGACGCCGCCCGGGCUGCCCCGCGCCGACGCCGGGAAAGACACCACCGGCCCGGGGGUCCGCUCCGCUCCCCCAGUCCGAUGGCGCCGGCCGCGCCCGGGGCCCCGGCUCAGGGCAGGGUGACCUUUGAAGACGUGGCCGUGCACUUCUCCUGGGAGGAAUGGGGUCUCCUUGAUGAGGCUCAGAGAUGUCUGUACCAGGAUGUGAUGCUGGAGAACUUGGCACUUAUAACCUCCUUGGGUUGUAGGCAUGGUGCGGAGGAUGAGGAGGCACCGGAGCAGAAGGUUUCUGCACAAGGCGUGUCCCAGGUCAGGACUUUCAAGGCAGUCGUGUCUCCCCAGAAGGCCCAUCCUCGUGAGGUGUGUGGCCACGACUUGAGAGACAUUUUGCUCUCCACCGAGCACCAGGCAACACUUUGUGGACAGAACCUCUACAAGAUUGGGGCAUGUGAGAAACAGUUGUGUUUUGAUGCAAACCUUCAGCACCAGAAGGAGCACAUUGGAGAGAAAUGCUUCAGAAGCAACACGGGCAGAGCUUCUUUUGUGAAGGACUACAAAUUGUGUGUGUCAGGGAAACCCUUUUCCUGCGGGGAGGUUGUCAGGGACAUCUUGGCCACCUCGAGAUUCUUCCAGCAGCAGGCCACACACAGCAGGGAGAAGUCAUACAGGACGACGGAGUAUGGGGCAUCCUCUCGUGGAAGGAAAGCGCAACACAACUGGGGAGAAGGCACAGAGGACUUCACUUGCAAACACACACUUGUUCACCACCAGAGAGACCUCGCUAGAGAGAGAUGCUUCAUGUGCAGUGAAUGUGGGAAAUCUUUUAGCAAAAGCUACAGCCUCAGUGACCACUGGAGAGUGCACACGGGGGAAAAGCCUUAUGAGUGUGGGGAAUGUGGGAAGUCCUUCAGGCAGAGCUCUAGCCUCAUUCAGCACCGGAGAGUUCACACUGGAGCAAGGCCUCACGAGUGUGACGAAUGUGGCAAAUUAUUUAGUAACAAGUCUAACCUCAUUAAACAUCAGAGAAUUCACACUGGAGAACGGCCGUAUGAGUGCAGUGAAUGUGGGAAAUCCUUCAGCGAAAGCUCUGCGCUCCUCCAACACCGCAGUGUUCACACUGGAGAAAGGCCUUAUGAGUGCAGUGAAUGUGGGAAAUUCUUUACCUACCACUCCAGUCUCAUAAAACACCAGAGAGUUCACUCGGGAUCAAGGCCCUAUGAGUGCAGUGAAUGUGGAAAAUCCUUUACUCAAAACUCCAGCCUCAUUGAACACCGUAGAGUUCAUAGUGGAGAAAGGCCUUAUAAGUGCAGCGAAUGUGAGAAAUCUUUUAGCCAAAGCUCCGCGCUGCUUCAACAUCGGAGAGUUCACACUGGAGAAAGGCCUUAUGAGUGCAGCGAAUGUGGGAAAUUCUUUACUUACAGUUCCAGUCUCCUCAAACACCAGAGAGUACAUACUGGAUCAAGGCCUUAUGAGUGCAGUGAAUGUGGGAAAUCCUUUACUCAAAACUCCAGUCUCAUUAAACACAGGAGAAUUCACACUGGAGAAAGACCUUACGAGUGCAGCGAAUGUGGGAAAUCCUUUAGCCACAGUUCUAGCCUCAUUAAGCACCGAAAAGUGCACUCUGGAGAAAGGCUUUAGGAGGACAGGGACUUUGGGAAACGCUCACCUCUGUCUUCCAUUUCAAUGACCAUUCACAUAUUCACACUGAAACAAAAAAACUUUAUGAGUAUUUGAACGUGGGAUAUUCUUUACCUAUGAGUCCAAGCUCCUAAAACACCACAGUGUCUCCUUAGAUGAAGGCCUGUGAAUGUGAAGAAUGUGGGAAAUGGCUAACCAAAGGCUAGCCCCAUUGCUCUCCAGAGAACUCACGGUAGUGAAAGGCCUUACAGAUGCAGUGAAUAUGAG